UUGCAGGAACGCGGCCGGUUCAGGGUUCUGUUCUGGUGUGUGUGAAUGCAGAGCUGGGAUAGAAGGAGCUGCUCCGGUUUUGCAUGAGGUACAGCGCAGCUAUAACCGCAGCAGGACAGAACUGGCAAGGUUGGCCUGGAGGCUAAUGCACUAUUAGUUCCUCUCUGAGAGAUUUUUGGGAGUUAGGAAAUCCAACCUUGCUGCACACAACCAACUGUCCACCACAAGAAAUAUGUCAGAAGAACAUAUCCCUGUGCAUGAUGAAUUCAUCUACUGCCUCGGAGCUGCUACACAAGUUCUUAAAUUUGGGCCUUGGAGGGAUCUGCAGAAAACCUCAGAUGAAGCCCCACCUAAGCUAUUGUUCCUUAUCAUCCCAGGUAAUCCUGGAGUAGUCGGAUUCUACAAAACUUUCAUGCAGUCCCUUUACUGUGGGUUUAACAGAAAAUAUCCGGUAUGGACUAUCAGCCAUGCAGGGCACUGUUCACCACCCAUUGGAAUGGAUAUGACUGACGAACAUGACCAUCAGAUAGAUGAUGUAUUUGGCCUCAAUGGUCAAGUUGAACACAAGCACUUCUUCUUAAAACAAAAUGUCCCGCCUGACGUAAAGCUGGUUCUCAUUGGCCAUUCCAUUGGUUGUUAUAUCAUCUUGGAGAUGAUGAAACGAUCUCCAGAACUGAAGGUUUUAAAGUCCAUUUUGCUGUUUCCAACUAUUGAGAGAAUGGCGCAGUCGCCGCAGGGCAAGAUAAUGACGCCAUUGUUGUGCAGCCUGCGGUACGUGGUGUAUAUGCCUUUAUAUCUACUCUCCUUCUUACCGGACGUCAUGAAGAUAUUUCUCGUGAAGUUAGCGCUGCGUGGCAUCAAAUCUGUGGAUGAAGCAUCGGUGGUGGCCUCGCUGGACCUGUUCAGAAUGGAGUGUGCCGCUAAUGGAAUGUACAUGGGUAGUCAAGAAAUGCUGAAGGUCAUUGAAAGGGACAAUGCUACGAUCAAACAACAUUUAAACAAGUUGAUUUUCUACUAUGGUGCCACAGACAACUGGUGCCCGGUCCAGUAUUACGAAGACAUUAAGAAGGAUUUCCCUAAAGGCAAUAUCUGGCUGUGUGAUAAAGGCUACAGACAUGCCUUCGUUUUGGACUCCAGCAAAGAAGUAGCCUCAUUGGUUAUAAACUGGUCAAACGAGCAACUGGACCUCUGAUCUGGCCUCCUCCAAGAAAUACUAGAAUGGUAGCUCAGUUUUAUGGUCCCGUGUUAGAGAUCAUAGAAUGGUAGGGGUUACCAUAGCUUAGAUAUAUUUUAGGAGAAUGUAUGGCUCUCUUGUUGCUAUCUUUGAUACACUUGAUCAACAUUUGACUGUACAUGAGAACAAGAAGUGACAAUCAGAAGAUGUGCAAUCCAUAGGUCGGGUAAAGAGUUUUUGAUGAAUCUUGUGAUCUUCAGUAGUUGAAUGCAUGGAUGUAAAUUACAAAAAAAAUUGUUAGUUCCAAUCUCAGUGAUGUGAUCAUUUAGCUGAAAGGGAUUUAUGACUAUUCAUUAAUUGAAUAUACCAGCAUUAUGCAAAGAUAUAGCAGUGCCCUCUAGGGGGCAACAGAGUUUGCUAGAAUAAAAAAAAGUCUAAUAUAGGUGUAUAGAGUAAUGACACCCAGUUUUUUAACCAAGGACAAAACAGUGAAAGUUCUCAUUCCGAGGAAACCAGUUCUUAAAGGGCAGGGAGAAGGCUAAUUCAGAGUAAUUUUCUGGUGGAGAUGUGUUUAAAGUGUUGCCAACCCCCAAGUCAUUAUCACCUAUGUAUAUAAAUGUUUUUAGAUGUGUAAAGGUGACUUA